AAGAGUACUCUUCACACUUCAAAAAUCCUAAAACUCCUCUCAUUAUUCUCUCUAAAAAUCUAAACAACAAUUCUAGUACUUAUCAUCAAGUUCAUGGAGCAGGAAAUUAAUCUAGAAACAGAGUACUCUUCAAUUGGAAAUUCUACAUUUCUCAAUAAUCCAAACAUCUUUGAUAGUCUUGAAAAAGAUUAUUCAUUAGGGUUGUUAUUAGAAACUAUGUUUGAUGUUCAUCAAGAUUGUGAUUAUACUAGUACAACAACUAGUUCCAUUUUUGAUUUGCUAUUGAUGCCACCUCAUGAACCACAACCUAUUGUUAAUCCAAUAUCUCCAAUCAUUACUUCCACAUUUCAAGAAUCAUCAAAUGAGUUGAUUAAUAUUCCUGUGACCCCUAAUUUAUCAUCAAUUUCUUCAUCAUCAACUGAAGCUACUGAUGAUAAUCAGCAGAUUAACACAGUAAACAAACAGCAUGAUGAAGACAAGUACAAGAAACAGUUAAAACCUAUUAAGAAGAACCAAAAGAAGGAAAGACAGCCAAGAUUUGCAUUCAUGACGAAGAGUGAAAUUGAUCAUUUGGAUGAUGGUUUUAGAUGGAGGAAAUACGGCCAGAAAGCAGUUAAAAAAAGUCCCUUUCCAAGGAGCUACCAUCGUUGCACAACUACAUCAUGUGGUGUGAAGAAGAGAGUGGAAAGAUCAAUUCAAGAUCCUUCAAUAGUUGUUACAACUUACGAAGGUACUCACACACAUCCGUGCCCCGUGAUGCCUCGUGGGUACGUCGGUGUUUUGCCACGAACCGCUACCUACGGUAGCACCAUUGGUGGUGGUAAUAGCGGAGGAAGUACUUAUUAUGGGGAUUCCUCCAUAUUUUCAACUAACAAUUCACUCCAAGAAAGAAGGUUAUGGAAUUCUUCUUCUUCUUCUUCCACGUUGGUUAAUGAUGAUGGACUUCUUCAAAAUAUGGAGUCGUCACAAAUGAGAAGAGAUCCUAUUGAAGAGUAGGAAAAUAGACUUUCCUUUUAAUUAGAUAUUAAGUUAUUUUGGGGG